CGAUCUGGUGACGGUAGUCUCUCACAUACGUUUACAGAUUACUGUUGAUUGUCGCCAACGCGUAUCGUUAAUGCUAGUGAGGACUUGAGUUGAAUUAAAUAUUCGACAUUAGACUAAAAACAAUAGAAGAAUAACAAUAAUAAAAUAUUUAACAUUUAAUCAACCUAAAAAUCAAGUUAGUUGAUUACAUUUAAUGAUAAAUUGUAUAUUUUAAAUUGAAGUGAAACACCGGUCAAAAGAUAGGGUGUGACUUCAUCAUAUUUGCACGAGGGAAGUCAGGAAGUAAGAGGGAAGAAAGAGUAAGGAGAGAAAUUUUUGCCAACUCGCCGCGCCCGAACCGUUAGAAAAAAUUCAACACUCCGUUACGCCUUCUCAUAUUUUUUCACAGCAUCAAUAAACGUUGAGAAAAAUAUUCAACAUACGUGCGAAUACCGGUGAACAACUCAGGACAAAUAUCUCCAAGCUUCUGUGAAGUUGAAAACGCACAAGGCAGACAAAAUUAGCCUACAAAAAGAAAAGGAAGACAAUUCACGUUGACUAAAGCCGGCAAAAAAUUUAUCUAUUAAUAUUAUUACAAAGCAAUAAUUAAUUUGUUGUUAAGACUUUUUUAAUCGUCAUUUCAUAUAUUGUUGAGUCAAGUGAGAAAAAAAACAACGAAGGCUUCAGUCAGUAUCGACAGAUAUUUGUCAGAUUUUCUAAGCAACGAAGGAGACUAGUCAACGGUUUUAAAUCAGCAUAAAUAAUACAUACAAGAUGUUACAACUUUCUCCAGCCUACAUGGAACGAUUCCAGCCCAACUAUUCGUAUAUGUUUGAAUUUGAAGAAAAAUUUAUGCAUCAAAAAACACGUGACUGGAUGGUAGAUCAUUGGCAAACCUCGGUCUACUCUGGUGCUAUUUAUGUGGCACUUAUAUUUUUUGGUCGCCAAUGGAUGGCUAAUAGACCUAAAUAUGAGUUAAGAGGAUUAUUAACAUUAUGGAAUCUUGGACUUGCCAUUUUUUCAAUCAUGGGAGUUGUCAGGACUGCUCCAGAAUUUUACCAUGUGCUUAAAAAUUAUGGUUUCCAUCAUAGUGUUUGCGUACCAAGUUUUAUGUAUAAUCGAGUGUCUGGUUUCUGGGUAUGGGCGUUUGUCUGGUCAAAACUGCCGGAAUUAGGAGACACAAUCUUUAUUGUUUUACGAAAGCAAAAAUUGAUCUUCCUACAUUGGUAUCAUCACAUGACUGUGCUAAUGUACGCCUGGUUUUCGUACACAGAGUAUGCAGCAACAGCUCGUUGGUUUGUUUUUGUAAAUUACAGUAUUCAUGCCAUGAUGUAUACUUACUAUGCUCUUAAAGCAAUGCGUUAUUCGCCACCGCAAUGGAUAGCAAUGAUGAUCACAGCCCUCCAAAUUAUACAGAUGGUUAUUGGUGUUACAGUAACUGUCGGUGUUUAUAUGUACAAGGCCUAUAAUCGACAAGAUUGUCAUGUUACAAUGCUCAACAUACUAUUAAGUACAUUAAUGUACGCCAGUUACUUUGUACUGUUCUCGAAAUUUUUCCAUGAGGCCUAUUUAAGUGAUAGAAAACCAUCAAAAAGUCUACAUAAAGCUGCAGACAGCAGAGUUGAUGAUGAAUAUAGUAAUGGUAAAGUUAAGAGAAAUUAAAUUCUGAAUGAAUGUUUAUUAAUAUCAAAUGGACUCUGAUAAAAGUAUCGGCAAGGAGCCUAGACUGAGAUAUCAUUGCCGUUGAGUGGGAAGAAAUAAAAAAAAAAAAAGUCUUCACCAGACAUGAAACAUGCACUUUUAGCUAAAAACGCACCAAGAAACUUCGUUCAAAGUUCGGAGAUUCAGAAUAUCUAAUGAUUUUUAGAAUAUUUCUCGCUCAAUGUCAUAGCACAAAUCAUCUUGAUGACCGUAAGUGAAUGGUAAAGAAUAAUAUCAACGAAAAUGAUCAUUUGGAUAAAGAUACGUGAUAUAUUUAUAUUUAUUUUAGCUCAUAGAGAGUGGAACAAGGCAUACGUAUUUCGAUGUAAUCGUCUUUUGAAACCGGUCUCUCAUUUAUUCUUUUUCUCUUUUUCUUACUCAUGUACUAGCUCUCUCAGAGUCGUCGACCAUCGAUAUUUUUCUUAGUUCCGUAACUAAAUGUGA